AUGAGUAAAAAUAGUUCUACUUAUUGCAUACCUUUUAAUCAUAGCAACAUCUAUACAAAUAAAACUUAUUAUAACAAAAACACUCUUUAUCCAGGAAUUUACGAGCCUUCACGUGGCAUCAUUAAAUGCUUUCUUGCCAUAGGCACAAUUUCUGGCAAGCACGUUACAUAUAUACAUAAAUGA